AUGAACCUCUUCAUUCUCUUCUCGCUUCUCCUCGUCGGCUUCGUCUCCUGCCAAUUCGGCGGCUUCGGCGGUCAAGGUGGCCAGUUUGGCGGCCAGGGACAGUUCGGAGGCCAGCAACAAUUCGGAGGCGGAAGAGGCGGACAAUUCGGAGGUCAGCAAGGGUUUGGAGGACGUGGCGGACAAUUCGGCGGCGGACGUGGAGGACAGUUCGGAGGGCAGCAAGGAUUUGGACAGCAAGGAUUCGGGGGACAGCAAGGAUUCGGAGGUCAGCAAGGAUUCGGAGGUCAGCAAGGCUUCGGAGGACAGUUCGGACAACAGGGAGGAUUCGGAGGAUUCGGAGGACGAAAGUAAACGGAUUGUAUGGCAUAUACUACAAAUUUGAAACGAUCUUCUUCUUCUUCUUCUUCUUCUUUUGCGAUUCUAUGUACCGUUUUUCUAUGAUUUGUCAUGAUGAUAAUAAUGAUGAUUAUAAUAAAAUUGUAUGAAAUUGACUUUUUUUGAGUCUAGUUGCCGCAUUGUAUGGUCUAGCUUUCGGCCGUCAUGAUUCCAGCCAAGUGUUCGAUGCGUUCGGCCUUCUGGAAUUUGGUUUGGCCAGUCUGUCAAGGUUUUUGUGAUCUUACCGAGGAAUCGGCAGGGCCAUGCAUCGGAACGAGUGGUACCUUCUUGUCGGCAAACGUAAAUGGAAUUGGCAAACGGAAUUCCAAAGGAACGAGACGUUGUCGUUGAGCCCAGACUGAGCUCCGGCCGGCAGAGAACCAAGACGACCACGUGUCGUGGGAAACGACGUUUUCCAAAACUCGUAAGUGAUCCAAAGGGCUUGCUAAUUAAUUAUAAUUAUUGAUUGAUGGUUUGAAAGAAUGUGAGCCGAACUUACCACGGAGAAAACGGUUAUGUCAUUCUGACGACAGUUUUGAAACGAAUACAAAACAGCGACGAGGAGAAAAGAAAAGGAACGAUCAUAAUUGGCUCUGCAGCAUGUCUUGAAAGCGGUGAGAGUGGCGGCGAACUGUUCGCCAAAAAAAGAGUAGAAAACAAAUGGUUUGAGACAAAAAACACAGUGUUUGAUCAAUCGGUUCACUGCGGGCCGCAGAGCGCGGGUCAUGCACAACAACCGACGGAAAAUAGAAAAAAUAUAAAGUUUGAACAUACUUGUCGCCGGGCCCAAUCCGGGCCCGCAGUUUUAAAAUUAUAACUAAUUGCAAAAAAAUCGUACUGACUUGGUUCAAAGCUCAAAUUGUAGGUAUUUGGAUUGUUCAUCAGGGAAAAAUAAUUAGAAAACUCGGAAAAUUUCAGUAAGGCCCCGGGCCGGGAAAACGUGCUCUCGGCCCGGCCCGACUACUUUUUCGAGGCCCGGGGCCCUACUGAAAUUUUCCGAAUUUUUUAAAAUUAUUUUUCCCUGAUGAACAAUCCAAAUAUCUACAAUUUGAGCUUUGAACCAAGUCAGUACGAUUUUUUUGAAAUUAGUUAUGAUUUUAAAACUGCGAGUAUGAGUUUGAAGACAACAAAACGAAUCAACAAUGAAACUUCUUUGAAAUCUCAAUUCUAGUGAGUGAUACUAUAUCGGUUUGAUGCUGAACUCUACCGUUUAGUUCGAUAUCAAUCGUGUCUCGACGUCUCCUAGCGUCUUCUAUUCUUUUCUUGACGCUGAUGUCUCCUGGACCCGGUAUAUAAGGUCGAGGACCCGUACUUGCACAGUCAAACAUUUUCUAGUCUUUUGGUUUUCAUCAAUUUUGUACGAAAUUGAUCGAAAAGUGUUCAAUUUUCCAGAAUGAAGUUGUUCUUCCUCCUUCUCGUGCUUCUCGCCACCCUCGUCAGCGCCCAAUUCGGUGGAGGACCACACGGAGGACACGGAGGAGGUCAGCAGCAGGGACGCGCUCAGAUCGGAGCCAAAAACCGUGGGGGACCACAGCAGGGAGGUCACGGCGGACACCACUGA